GAGAGCAGCAGCAGCAGGAAGCUUUGAUAGAGAAAAGCGCCUCAUGCUAGGAGCUGCAGCCCGCAGAGCCAAACAAUCAGGCCUGGCUCUAAUUGGUCAGAACCGCCUGAUUGACGUCACCACUGACAGCUUCCAACCACAAGAAAAAUGUCUUGGUGACAGCCAGGACGCCGGCGCGCAUGCGCGCUGCCUUCAGGCAAGCCGGGAGAGGAGGGGGACAAAAAAGUUAUGCUAAGCGUGAUUGUAUCAUUAAAAAGAAGAGAAGUUAAUCCGGAUACAAAGCGGAUUCUCUUUUGUGAGCGCGCACAAAAGCGUGCAGUUCGGACGCUUUGCUUCUUGAUUCUGCAGGAGGAGGAGGAAUAGAAUCCUCUCCAGCUUGACUUUUCAGUAGAAAAAGCUGUCAGGAAAGAUGCCAGCGUUAAAUAAGACUUGGGAAGAAGAGCAAAAGUCGCCUUGGAGGUUAGAAGCAGUCCGGUAGGUCCAAAACUGUACAAAGCCAGCUUGCAUAGCCUGUCUUAUUUUAGCGAGCACGAGCCUCCUUUGGAUCUUUCAGGAAAAUUCUUAAAAAAAAAAAAAAAAAAGAAAACAUGCAGCGGACCUCCUGUCAGGAUCAGGACUCGUUGGAGAACCUUUACUCCCAAAUAAAACAUUAACUUCAUGUAAAAAGAUAUGAAAAUAUACAUAUACUGUACAGCAUAUGUUCUCAGUAUGUAAAUGCAUUCAUGCAUGCUCAUCUAAAAAGUAUUAGAAAAGGUUUUAGGAUGUAAAGUGCAGUAAAGCCACGUUAAUUUGGAUUUGAUGGUGGCACCAACCUAAAUGAACUUGCUGCAGUGUGUGGAAGUGAAGCCAAAUAUCAUCUGGAAUAUUUCACAUAAAUAAACUUGUUACUCUGCUGUUAGUUUUCCUUUUCCUCUUCCUGUUUUAUUCCAUUUGCUUUCAACAUGAGCACGUCCAAGUAUUUGCUGCCAGCGUGCACCCACACGCAAAAAAUACAAAUAAAAAGGUGAGUCAAUAUUUAGUAGAGGGGGCAUAUCCUAAAAGUGUUUAUCAAGCUGUGUGUGUGUGUGUGUGUGUGUGUGUGUGUAUUUGUAGACACACACUUUAAAGGCUACAUUUGGUGUCAUGAUGAACUACAGCAAAAAUAAAACAAAAUACACUUUAAAAAAUUGUAAAAAGUGAAAUACAUGUUUUUUAUUAAAUAAAAAUAAAUGUAGGCCUGUUCUUUUUUAUUUAUUUAUUGAAACCACCUGUUGACCUUUUGAGACGUGCACGUGCACCUUCACGUUUUCCAGUGUCGAAAGUAAGAAAGUGAAAAAGCUUCUUCUUUCCCCUGGAGUGGACAGCAGUUUGAGGAGGAGUGUGUUACAUUUUUUAACGGCUGCAUGGCAAACGUCAUGUGGAUUUUUCAACUGCGGGGCAGCCGCAGGUUCCUGCCGCAAAUCCCACUUGAUAAAUUCGACAACCCACAAGGUUUUCUCACACACGCACGCACACACACACACACGGCAUGGCUCGGUGGCCUUUAGAGAAAGUGGAAACAUUAUUGCUUUUACAGAUGCCAACAUGGAAUAUAUAUAUAUAUAUUUUUUAACAAUUUAAAUACAAAAAAACGUAAGUAGCUUUGACGAUAUGUGGCAACCACGUGACCCCACCAUGCAGGUAAGGAUGAUUUAUCAUUUUUAAAUGUAGGUGAUAUUUUGUUGGGUGGAAAAAGGAGUGUGUGUUUUGGAUUUGCUGCAAGAAUAAAAUGUCUGCUGUGUUUUUGUUGCAUGAUGUCUUGCUACGUGGAUUAUUUGGUGAGUGGAUGUUAUUGAGGGGAGGUGGAAGGGCUGGGGGUUUUGGCUGGGGGGGAAUGUGUGGAGCAGCCAAUGAGGGAGCAUCCCGAGCCCCCACGUGACCGCACCCCCCCUCCCUCCUCCCAUUGAUCAGGGCUGGACCGUGUUGUCUUUUCAAUUCAUUUAUCUGCAGGAAUGAUUGCGACUAUCAGUCUGGAGCUCACCGCCUGACUGAGGAGGUGAAAGUCGCGCCACGGGGAGAUAAGCGCCAAAAAAAAACAGCGUGCGCGGGUUCUGUGCGUGGGCGUCCGACGCGCCUUAGAAAGUAAACAAGCGAGCUGGAUUGUUUUUUGGUGGGGGGGUACUUUUGCCGGGUGCGAGAAGAUCCCCAGAAAGUGAGGGCAGAAAGGAAAGGGGGGGAGGGAGGAAGAAUAUCUGUGCGUGCUUUUUUCCUGCGUGGGCUCAGUACGUGAGUGAAGAUGCUCCUGGACGCAGGACCUCAGUAUCCCGCCAUAGGAGUCACUACUUUCGGCUCCACUCGGCAUCACUCAACAGGCGAGGUGACGGAGAGGGAGGUGGCGCUGGGCAUCAACCCGUUCGCGGACGGCAUGGGCGCCUUCAAAAUCAACCACGGCUCCCACGAGCUGGGCGGCGGACAGACGGCGUUCUCCUCGCAGGCGCCGGGCUACGCGGCGGCGGCCGCCCUGGGCCACCAUCACCACCACCACCACCACCCGGGCCACGUCGGCUCCUACUCCACGGCGGCGUUCAACUCCACGCGGGACUUUCUGUUCAGGAACCGGGGCUUCGGGGACGCGGCCGGGGCGCAGCACAGCCUCUUCGCCUCCGGGGGCUUCGCCGCGGGGCCGCACGGACACUCGGAGGCGGCGGGUCACCUGCUCUUCCCGGGGCUCCACGAGCAGGCGGCGGGCCACGCGUCCUCCAACGUGGUCAACGGCCAGAUGCGUCUGGGCUUCUCCGGGGACGUGUACGGCCGCGCCGCCGCCGAGCAGUACGGCCACGUUAGCAGCCCGCGCUCAGACUACGCCUCCACGCAGCUGCACGGCUACGGGCCCAUGAACAUGAACAUGGCCGCCCACCACGGAGCCGGGGCCUUCUUCCGGUACAUGCGGCAGCCCAUCAAGCAGGAGCUCAUCUGCAAGUGGGUCGAACCCGAGCAGCUGGCCAGCCCCAAAAAGUCCUGCAACAAGACCUUCAGCACCAUGCACGAGCUGGUCACGCACCUGACCGUGGAGCACGUGGGGGGGCCCGAGCAGACCAACCACGUCUGCUUCUGGGAGGACUGCUCCAGGGAGGGCAAGCCCUUCAAGGCCAAGUACAAGCUGGUCAAUCACAUCCGCGUGCACACCGGGGAGAAGCCCUUCCCGUGCCCUUUCCCGGGCUGCGGGAAAGUCUUUGCGCGCUCGGAAAACCUCAAAAUUCACAAAAGGACGCACACGGGAGAGAAGCCCUUCAAGUGCGAGUUCGACGGCUGUGACAGGCGCUUUGCAAACAGCAGUGAUCGCAAGAAACACAUGCACGUGCACACGUCCGAUAAGCCCUAUUUGUGCAAAAUGUGCGACAAGUCGUACACGCACCCCAGCUCCCUGCGAAAGCACAUGAAGGUCCACGAAUCCAGCAACCCCGCUUCCCAGCCGUCCCCCGCGGCCAGCUCGGGCUACGAGUCGUCCACCCCCCCCACCAUAGUGUCCCCGUCCACAGAGAACCAGAGCAGCAGCUCCAUAUCACCAGCAGCCCCCGCAGUGCACCACACGGCCAGCCACAGCACCCUCUCGUCCAAUUUCAAUGAAUGGUACGUGUAAAUAUUUUUGCAAACACUAAAAAAGACAAUUUUGGACUGCAAAGACUUUGAGGGGAAAAAGUGGAGAGCAAUCAAUGAAAGAAUGCAUGGACCAAAAAAAAAAAAAAGAGAAAAGAAGGAGCCAACUUUGUUCCAUCGUUUCUUGUUAUUUUUACCUAAAGACUCCAAAAGCUGAUUUUUUUUGUACAUAUCACCAAAAUGGAGAUGAAAUGUAAUAUUUUAUUUUGUAAAUAGUUCUAUCACAGCUGAUAAAAAGUGCUCCCUUGCUAUAAAGAAUGUUCUAGUUGUGUACCAAAUGUGAAUGAUGAGUAUUCCAGUCUCCACGUCCAGCUAACAGACUAGUAGUCAUGUUUUUUUCUAUAUGUAUAAUUGUUGUUAUUUAAAUGUCAUGUCGACCAAUCGUCUAAUAGUGAACCUGUUUAUUAUGUACGUGAUAAAUAUACAAAAAAAUGACCUGUGUUGUCUGAGAGGAAGUAUUAUUAUGAACAAUAUUACCAUGAUGAAUUACAUGUAACUAGCUCAAUUUUCCAUAUUUAUCCGCAUGUUUAGAAGUGGUCGGUAUUUAUGGAGAAAUGCGCUCGUAUGUCGAAAUUUAGUUUCAAUAAAACAUAAAAAAAUGUUUGGAUACAUUUCGUACUACAUUAAAGGACUCAAAACGA